AUUUCUUAAGAAAAUGGUGAAAUUAGGAGCAACUAAAUUUUGUCUCCUCUCAUGUGUACUUGUCUUGUUCUUGAGUUCAGUCUCAGCAGUCAUAUAUGAUCGUCAAGAUAAACAAGUGUAUAUCGUCUACAUGGGUUCAAUUCCGUCUCGACCGGACUACACACCAAUGUCGAAUCACGUAAGUAUUCUUCAAGAAGUCACCGGAGAAAGUUCGGUCGAAGGUCGUUUGGUGAGAAGUUACAAGAGGAGUUUCAACGGGUUCGCUGCUCAACUCACUAAGUCAGAACGAGAACGUGUAGCCGAAAUGGAGGGAGUUGUUUCUGUGUUCCCGAGCAAAAUGUACAAACUCCAAACGACGGCGUCUUGGAACUUUAUGGGGUUAAAGGAAGGAAAUAACACAAAGCGAAACUUGGCCGUAGAGAGUGAUACUAUUGUCGGAGUCUUCGACUCUGGGAUCUCGCCGGAAUCCGAAAGCUUCUCCGACAAAGGCUUUGGUCCUCCUCCUAAGAAAUGGAAAGGUGUUUGCUCCGGCGGCGCAAAUUUCACAUGCAACAAUAAGUUGAUUGGGGCAAGAGACUACACAAGCAAAGGUGCUAGGGAUUAUGGAGGGCAUGGUACACACACGGCGUCCACGGCGGCUGGAAACGCAGUCGCCAACACAAGCUUCUUUGGAAUCGGCAAUGGAACAGCGAGAGGCGCCGUUCCGGCAUCUAGGAUCGCCGUUUACAAAGUCUGCACCGUGAAAGGGUGUGCCACGGAAUGGGUAAUGUCUGCGUUCGAUGACGCGAUCGCGGAUGGUGUUGACCUCAUCAGCAUCUCCCUCGGCGGAGACGAGGCCAUUGUGUACGACCAAGACGCAUUGGCGAUUGGUGCUUUUCACGCCAUGGCCAAAGGGAUUCUCACUGUGCACGCAGCCGGUAAUAAGGGUCCGAAUCCAAGCACGGUCUCGAGUGUAGCGCCAUGGAUCUUAACCGUUGCAGCCAGCUCCACGAACCGUGGGUUUAUCUCUAAAGUUGUUCUUGGAAACGGCAAGACACUUGUCGGAAAAUCAUUGAAUGCUUUCGAUCUGAAAGGGAAAAAGUAUCCUCUUGUGUACGGAGAAUCUGAAGCUUGUAGUAAUAAAUCUCUGGUGAAUGGCAAAAUCGCGGUGUGCGAUUAUCCGAUUGGUUCAGAAUUAGCUGUUGGAUUCGUAUUUGAAGAAGAAAAGGACUAUGCCUCCAUUACCCCUUGGCCCCUCUCUUAUCUUUCACUGCAAGACUUUGACUCUCUUGUCACUUACGCUAAGUCCACAAAGUCCCCGAAAGCGGCUAUUCUGAAAAGUGAAGCAAUCUUAAAUCAGAAAGCUCCCAAACUUGCUUCCUUCUCUUCCCGCGGUCCAAACACUGUCGCAUUUGAUCUUCUAAAGCCCGAUAUCACAGCGCCAGGAGUAGAGAUCCUCGCUGCCUACUCACCUCUGGCUUCACCAAUAGCGGGAGAGAACGACCCAAGACGUGUGAAGUACUCUGUUCUCACCGGAACUUCAAUGGCUUGUCCACACGUUGCAGGCGUGGCAGCUUACGUCAAGACGCUUCAUCCUGAAUGGUCUCCUUCCGUGAUCCAAUCAGCCAUCAUGACAACCGCUUGGCCAAUGAAUGCUACUGGAACUGGGAUUGCAUCGACCGAGUUUGCUUAUGGAGCUGGACAUGUGGACCCAAUAGCCGCUCUGAACCCUGGACUUGUCUAUGAACUGGACAAAGCAGAACACAUCGCCUUUCUCUGCGGCUUGAACUACACUUCAAAAUCCCUUAAACUCAUUUCUGGUGAAGCAGUCACUUGCAGUGGAACAACUUUGCCAAGAAACCUCAACUAUCCUUCAAUGUCGGCAAAACUUCCAGGAUCCAAGAGCUCCUUCUCCGUCACAUUCAACAGAACCGUCACAAACCUCGGCACCCCUAACUCUACAUACAAAUCAAAGAUUCUUUUAAAUCACGGAUCUAAGCUCAACGUCACGGUCUCGCCUAGUGUUCUAUCUAUGAAGUCAGAGAAUGAGAAGCAGUCUUUCGUGGUGACUGUUUCAGGCAGCGGUCUCGACCCAUAUUUGCCUUCGUCUGCGAAUCUAAUUUGGUCAGAUGGCAUACAUAACGUGAGAAGCCCCAUUGUUGUUUAUACUAGUGAC